UCCUUUCUUUCUUUCUUUCUUUCUUUCUUUCUUUCUUUCCGUAUCUAAAUCUAUAUAUUCUAUAGCCAAAACUCUUUAGCAGGAUUCCAAUUAUUUUCUAGGCCACAUUCACCUAACAAUUACAAAAACCAUCUUCUCAUAAACCAUGGAGAGAGAAGAUUACUCUCAGGUUUCGAAGAAGAAGAGAUCAAACAAGAACAACAACAUGGACAGAAACCACCAAAGGAGGUUCAGCGAUGAGCAAAUAAGGUUGCUGGAGUCCAUGUUUGAAUCCGAGACGAAGCUUGAACCGAGAAAGAAAGUUCAGCUGGCUCGAGAGCUCGGCCUUCAGCCUCGACAAGUCGCGAUAUGGUUUCAGAAUAGGAGAGCGAGGUGGAAAUCAAAACAGAUUGAGCAAGACUUCACAACUCUCAGAGCUCAGUACGAGAGCUUGGCUUCCCAGUUCGAGUCAUUGAAGCAAGAAAAACAAUCCUUGAUUUUACAGUUGGAGAAGCUUAAUGAACUUCUAGGUUCAAGUAGUACUUGUGGAAAUGUUACUAAUUCCAAGAGUGAAGUGAAAGAUAGCUUUUUACAAGAGGGAUUGGAAAACGACAUUGGAGCCAUGCAAUUGCAGCCACGUGAUGACAACACAAACAAAAAUGUUGGAGAAUUGAAGCAAGAAGGAAUAGGAUCAUAUGAACUUCAAAACACAAUUCAAGAAUUAGGAGAUCGUGCUUCUUUAGGAUCACUUGAAACUUGGUGUAGAUCAUUUGAUGUCUUUGAUCAACCGCGAGGUUGUUCACAAUGGUUGAAUUUCUGGAGUUAGAGAAAUGAGGACUUGGAAAAAUUGUAGCUUUUGUUGCCUAUUAAGCAUUCCAAACUAACUCAAAAUUUGCCAUCUCUGAACAAAGUGCUGAGAAACGACAUAAGAAGCUAGAAAACGACAGCAAAUGAUGGUUUGGAGAACUUUGGAAGGAGGAAAUAGUUAGCAGAGGCUUUUCUGUACUUCAAUGUGUGCCAACUUGGGGCAAGAGCGUGUAGUGCUUAGUGAGAUCAAACGACAACAGCAAAGUUUGAUGUGUUACUCGAGAUUAUGUAGUAGUAUGCAUAUCCUUAAUGUAGUAUUGUGUGUGUGUAUAUAUAUAUACAUAUAUUUAUAUAUAUAUUUGGUAGAAAUACAUAUAUUUUGUUUUGUUAUAAUGCACAUGUGUAACUCAUAAGAUCUCGGAAAAAAAAAAAAAGAUUUGCGAGGUUUUCUUUAGUUAAUCAACAUUUUAAGUUUUUAUCACACUCCUAUUAGAUUUUAAGGACUAUUUAUUCUAAUAUGAUUUAUAUUUGACAUGA